GUCCACAUUCACAAUCCACCUCAAACACAACACAAGGUCCAUUGAAUUCAUCCUAACAACUCGAACACCCUGCGCAUUCUGCAGGCGACAUAUUGAUAGGAACCUUUCAUUCCGUAGAAAUCCUUUGUUGGGCCUGAACAUCAAGUGCACGAAAGAAACGCGACUAGGCGAUUCAACGCCACCUCUACUCCCUCCCUUUAUCAUCACCACCUCGUUCUCUUCGAUCUGUCCCGCACCUCGCCAAUACCUUCAAUAUGGCAGUCGACUUCUCCUCUGGAACCCCGUUCGCGUCCGCGCUUCAAAGCGUAGUGCAACCCAAGCUUGCUGAGUAUGGGUGGACAACUGGCGACGCGGAAGAUUCAACAAUCUUCGAAUACAUACUUCUCAUGCUCGGUAAUAACAAGAACGAGUCGCAAAUCGCUUCUGAGCUCUCCAACGAUCUUCUCGAUCUGGGACCCGAGAAUCCCGAAACACAACAGUUUGCGCAUUGGUUAUUCGAACAGAUCGAUUUUGUCCGCAGACAACUAGACCCAACGGCAGCCAGCGCAGAUGCUUCCCAUGCAAAUGUCGACCAAAUGGAACAUGAUGCUUCGGGCAGCAACGAUGCCGAUAUGGAUGGUUCAGGCGACGCUAGUCAAGGUAGCAUUCCCACUGGGCCAAAAGCAAUGCGCAACGGAAGUUCGGGCGCGAAGAUAUCUGGAAGUGGUCGUAUGUUGAACCAAAUGAACAAGCAGAUGAAUAGGCAUGACGACUCUGCGCUUCAUCGCGUUCGGGGAGCAGGAGGCGCUGGUCGAAUCAACUCGCAUUCCCAUAACGCUCCGAAAGGUCCUCGCGGCCAGAACAUUGGGCGUGGUCUUAACGCGAUGGCUAAUGGCCGUGGUGUGGGCAACGUCGGUGUCAAUAUGGGCGCAGGAGGCAUGAAUGGAGGCAUGGGCAUGAACAACAUGGGCGGAAUGCCUGGGAUGCCUGGGAUGCCACCAAUGGGUCAAAAUGGCGGCAUGCCGGGCAUGCUGAAUGCUCAGCAGCAGAUGGCGCUCAUGCAAAUGUACGAGCAGCAAGCCCAGAUGAUGCAGCAAAUAUUCUCUGGACAAACACCCUCUGGUCCUUUUGUGAACCCGAAUUUCCAGCAGAAUGGCCGAGGCAAAGGGCGACCAUUCAGCGAUAGAGUGGACAAGUCAAGGCAAGGUGGCAAGCAAUCGAAAUUCUCCAAGAAGGAGUCGCAAGAUGAGGCUAUGACCGACAGUGCCCCAGGCGCAGAGAAUGGCGACUCAGCCAUGGAUACCGAGCAUCAAGAUCCUUCCUCCACAAUGUGCAAGUUCAACCUGCGGUGUGGCAAACCCGAUUGUCCGUUUGUCCAUCAAUCUCCAGCUGCACCUGAAGGCACCCCAGUUGAUAUGUCAAACGAGUGCACCUACGGCGCUGCUUGCAAAAACAAGAAGUGCGUUGGCAAGCAUCCAUCCCCAGCACAACGACAGCAGUUCCAGUCUGAGCAGGAGUGCGCAUUCUUCCCAAAUUGCCGCGACCCUCUCAACUGUCCUUACAAACACCCGAGCAUGCCCGCAUGCCGCAACGGUGCAGAUUGCACAACUCCGGGCUGCAAAUUCUGGCAUAACACGGUCAUGUGCAAGUAUACCCCCUGCACGAACUUCCGCUGCCCAUAUAAACACGCCGAAGGCCAGAAGAAGACUUUCAAAGAUAAAGUCUGGGUGGCUCCUAAGGCUGGCGAGGAGGAUGGGAACAACCAUGUCAGUGAGCGAAAAUUUGUCGACGAGAACGAAGAGGAGGAACUUAUUAUUCCUGGGAAGAGCACAGAAGACGUUCAAAUUGCAACAUAGCACGAAUGAAGCAAAGUAUGGAAUUGCCAUUGGUCAGAGUGGAAUUGGGCCUUUAUAGAUGAAUGUAUUAUAUCUCUUGGACAUGGUAUAAAGGCAUGCGGCGUUGGUGGUGUUUCGAGGUCGAGUUGGUUUAUGGCAACCGUUCGACCUGUCCUCUGAUGGUGUAUCAAUGACGCGAAGAAUAGCUUCUCGUGGUAAAAUGGAACUCAUGAUAUCUUUCGCCGCGGCUCUAUG